ACAUUGGCAAUGUUUUACAUUCGGUUGAUGCGAACAUUUCUUGUUGGGGAGAUCCUUGGACCAAAAAUUAUCAUGCUAGGAAAGAUGAUGAUUGAUGUACUUGUAUUCGUGCGAAUUCUUCUGAUCUUUGUCAUAAGCUUCGGGAUCAUGUACACUGCAAUUCUCUUUCCAAACACGCGACCAUCAUUUCUUCUUUUAAAAAGGAUCUUCUACGUACCGUAUUGGCAAAUAUUCGGAGAAACCUUCUUGGAUGUCCUUACUGGUGACCAGGAAAGCUGCACAAAAAAGGAGAGUGUUGCUGAUGACGAUACGAGGUGUCCUGAAGAGCAUAUUCUUGCUCCAGUUUUUGGAGCAGCGUACAUGUUUCUAACAAACAUCAUCUUGAUAAACCUUCUGAUAUCUAUGUUCAGCUCCACGUUUAAAAAUAUUCAGAAACGGUCAAAAAAGAUCUGGAGGUUUUAUCUAUACAGUAUUGUGCGCGAAUAUUGCGAGAGACCAGUAAUUCCGUUCCCGUUUAUCGUUUUGGCGCAUAUAUUCCUAAUUAUAAGGUGUUGCCCACAAUCACGAGACAAUCCAUUCAAAGCAGCAAUACCACACCUGUAUCAGUUAACUACGAUUAGCAAAAUAACCGAUAGAGAGAUCUCCAGAUCAUCAAAUGCAUUAGUACUACAAGAGGAUCAUUCACGUAUCGCAUCAGCAAUAGCAUCAGCAAUAGCAAAUGAUAAAAGGGUCGUAAAUAAGAUUGCCAGACUUGCAAAUUUACGUCAAAGUUUUACAGAUACGUAUCGCUAGAGUCACCCAACGGACACAACGACUUAAACGGUUUGAAAAGCGUUGCUGUUAACAGCAAAACAAGAUGAUAUGUAUCUGCAAUCGCAGCUGAAGUUCCCUGUUUUUACAUUUUUAUCAUUUGAAAUGUUUUAAUCUAUUUUCGGCAUAUCUAAAGUAGUUUCGGAUUAAAUAAAAUUUAGUUUUUCGAGUAAACAAACAAAUAUAUGUAUGGGUCUUUUUUCAAAUAUCUACUUAAUAAUAAAAGUAUUAAACGUACAUGGUUUUAGGAACAUCAACGGCAGACAUACGAUAAGACAUACACACAUUACCUUUUUCUUUUUUUCCUUCAUAUUUUGUGUUUAUAUUUAGUUGGCAAGAUCUUCCCAAUAUAUUAUUUUUGUAAAUUGUAUAAAUUUUAGUGGGUUUGUUUGAUUUCAUAUGCAUUAAUGAUUGUACAUUCUUCAUUUUGCAACGGACUUUCAAAUACAUUCGCUUGUGAUUUAUUUAUUGUUCAAAUUCAAUAAUUGCCUUACUGCGAUUAUAAUUUAUUGUAUUUAGUCCUUUAAUUUUUAUUGUUAUAUUGAUUGUGCAGUACGUAAUAAGCCUCUUUGUAACAUGCACUGCAUCUAUUGCUGAUGUCAUUUACAACAUUAUGUGUGGAAAAUAGCUUCUUUAUAACUUUUGUUUAUUAUUCAAUAUAACACAUACAAUGUAUACAUGUAUAUGAUCAUAAAACAAAGUGAUACCAUGUAGCAGCAAUAAUGUUCAAACAUGUUAUACAAUAUUUGCUUAUAUUUACUUUUUUGACCUUGUGGUUUCUUUUGAUUAAAAAAAAGGUUAAUAUAUUGUUUUUUUUCUUUGGUUGUUUGUGAUAAGUGUGUUUAAAAAAGAAAGACAACAGAAUAGUUAUGAAUAAGGAUGAGUUGCAUAAAGUGGACAGAAAGCAUACUGGACUUGUUUAUGAAAUUUUAAUGUGUUUCCAUUUUUGUUCAAAUAUAUGAAGUGUGGCAUUGUUUAGGGCUAUUUCUUUUUCAAUUUGAAUCUUCAGUUUUAACUAAUUGAUAAAAUAGUUUAUUGUAGGUGCUUGUUUUCUGUGUUUCAUGCUGUAUAUUAAAGCGGGUAUAUACGAUCUUGUCAAAUAUUUAUUAAUUAAUAUAAAAUGUGUAAAAAACUUAUUAUACAUAUAUUUCAAUAUAAACUAAAAUAAAAGUUAAGAAGAACAUGUGUCGAAAAAUGCUAAAUAAGCCAGAUAUUUAAUUCUGAAAUCGAAAAAGGCUGUACAGCCGAAUUCGCCAGCAUGUAUAUCAUGCAUGUACGAUGUGAAUCUAAAUUUAGUUUAACGGUUCAUUUGAAAUUCCUGCAGCAAUAUCGAUUCAUACGACACACGAACACUUACUAAAAAGACGAAUGCAUCGGUUAUUGUAGGAAAAUAAUUACGAAUUAUCUUCGUCACAAUCGGCUCGGGGCGCUAAUUUGUAUUUGCUGUAUUUUAUGAAAUUCGUCUUAAAUGUAUCAUUUUUCUUGAAUAUUGUGUGUUAUUAUAACAUAUUUGUAUCAAUAUUUUACAAUUCAGCACAUAUAAAAAUCGUAUAUACCCGCUUUAAAUAUUUCAGUUAUAUUAAUAUAUAUGCAAUUCAAAGCGUUAAUAACCUCUUGUAUUUUGAAGGUAUUUACCCCCAAACUGAUUUCUAAGAGGAAUAGUUAAACCUUUAAUUGUUGUUUCUCUAGAAAGGAUGACAAAUGGUUCCAUAGAGAUUGAAUAUAUUUACUGUCGCAAAAAAGGUGUUCUAUUGUUUCAAUAUGUUCACUACACAUAUUACAUACAUCUGUGUUGGAAAUGUUGCACUUAAAAAGAAGUUUAUUUGUAGCUGGGUGUAUUUAUAUUGAAAAUAUUUCACUAUGCUAUCAGUAGUUGAUUUAUUUGGCAUGAGAAAUUUUUGUCUCCAAUUUAAUUAUUUUUUGUCCAAGAAGGUAUUGCCGUUUAGUUUGAAUUUAGAUAUUUCUGCAGGGUUUUUAAUUUGAAGUGUGUAAAAUAUUUUGUUUGUUUUGUUUUGCAUUUAUGUUUUCUACGAAUGUGUAUUUGUAUUGGUAAAAGCUUUAAUAUGUAUGGGUAUACUUUUAAUAAAUGUGUAAUUUAUCAUGAAUUUACUUGUAGGUAUUCCGAAUAUUUAGAAUAAGUUAUCAAAAGAAUAGAAGUCGUUUAUUUUGUAGUCGUACACUUGAUUCAUAUUUUGUGUUUUGUUCGAACCAAUUUUGUAUAAAAACGUUUUAUUGUUAGUAGUUAUGUCUUUCUUGUUCCAUAUAUGUAUAUUUUACUGUAUAUUUUGGUUUUUAAAUUAUGAGUAACUUUAAAUACACCAUGCCGAUAGAACAUUCGAUAGAAAUUAUGGUUUUGGUUUAAAAUUUUAAAUGUCUAAGAUAUUGUUUUCGAUAUAACAUUCAAAAACAACGGAGUCACCAUAUGUUUUAAGAAUUUUCUGGUAGAAUAAUUUCCAUUUACUCUUGGUAUUAUCUUAAUAUUUUUAACCCAACUGCAUUUGAUUGCAUUCAGGAAUGAAUCUAUGUAUGUAAGUCUGAUGCCUCCAUAUUCUACUGAUUGAAUUAAUUGAGUUCGCUUAAUUUAAUCAGGUUUACCGUCCCAUAUAAAAUUAAAUAUCUCUGAUUUUAUACCGUCAAUAAUGUCAUUUGGUUGGUUUGGGAGAACUGUUUAUAAGUGUAUAAAUUAUUUAAGGGAGUGCACACGUUAUCAACGCGGUGUUUUUUUCCGAUAAGUGUUAGUUUACGAUGCUACCAUGAGUUUAAACAAUUUUUAAUUUUGUGUUAUUAAGGCAAUAGAAUUGUUCUAUUUUCAUUGUUUGUAAAGGUUAUUCCUAACGUUGUUGCUUCAUCUGAUGUCAAAUUGAAUUUCAUUUCUUUUUUAAGAUGAAUAUUACUUUGUUUAAAUUUACCUACUCGUAGCACAGUGCAUUUACUUUGGUUUAGGUUAAGACCAGAUGCCAUUACAAAAAGGGUUGGCAAUUCUAUAAGAAUAUUGAAUGAGUCACUACUGUCAUUUAAAAAAUAAGCUGCAUCGUCAGCAAGUAGGGACUGUUUAAUUUCUUCGUCGGGUUUAAGCGAUAUCCCCUUUAUAUGUUUAUUUGAUUUGAUAUGGUAGAUAGA